AUGUGUAUCGCUUUGCUUACGACAGCUCAUGACGAAUACCCUUUCAUUCUGCUGAACAAUCGCGAUGAGUUCCUCACUCGGCCAACUGCAAAAGCCGACUUCUGGCCAUCGCCUAAUGAACAUGUUGUCGGAGGUCGUGAUCUGCAACGUCCCGAGCAAGGCACCUGGCUAGGUCUCACCAAGCAGGGUCGCCUGGCCUGUCUGACCAAUUUUCGCGAGGCCGACACACAAAUCUACGGCGUCAAGUCUCGAGGAGGAUUACCAAAGGCGUUCCUCACACUGCCUCCUGGUAGUACGCAGUCUUCGGAGGAGUUUGCACGACACAUGGUUGAAGACGUUGGUGUAGGUGAUGUCGGAGGCUUCAGUCUUGUCUUCGGUAGGUUACGCAAGGCAGAUAUUUGCUCGGCAAAAGGCAAAGGCCUUGCUAUCAUCUCAAAUCGCACCGCGGACGCCUCUGCUACUACCUGGAUCUGCGGCAAGCCUGGCGAAAUUCAAGGUCUCAGCAAUUCUUAUUUUGGCGACAGGACGUGGCCUAAGGUUGUCGAGGGCGAAAGGAGAUUACAGUCCGCUAUUGAAAAGCAGAGCGCGGCGAGAUCGAGUAAGCAAGAUUUACUCAAAGCAUUAUUUGAGGUCUUGAGUCAAGAUACAUUACCUCGUCGCAAGCACGGUCAAGACUGGGAAACAUAUGUUUACCAGCUUCGCAACAGCAUCUUCAUUCCACGUAUUGGUGGAGAAGAGCUAGACGAUGCUUCUGCUGAUGAGAUUGCUGCAGCCGAUGUAGGUCGCAGUGCGAAGACUAAUAAUGGAGGCUACGGUACGCAGAAGCAGACGGUCAUCCUUGUUGACCACGAUGGAAAAGUCACUUAUGUUGAGAAGACCCUCUACGAUGAGCUUGGCCGUCCGACAGACGGCGACUUCGAGCAGCAUGAGUUUGAGAUUGAAGGUUGGAGCGAUUGA